UUUCCCCCUCAGACGCCAAGUCGCCGCCAGGACUUCAUCCGCCUUUCCAUCGCCAACAUGGACCAACCCACAGAACUGCCUCCAACCAUUACCUCUCCAUCCGCGUCGCCAUCACACCUCUCUUCAUCCUUGCGCCAGCCGCCGUCCCUGCAACUGCUGCAGGAGAAAAUGGGACCCAAAAAGUGGGAGAACCCGCUCGUGCCAGAGGCAACGCGCGCGAAAUUCCGCGAUGCCGAGCAGCUGGACGUGUUCCAAUUUGUGGAUACGGAAGGGUUGUUGUCCGAUGCCGACGUGCAGACCUUGCUCGACGACGUCGAGGAUUUGGACCUGGCGUUCAUCAAGCAGAUUUACACGGAGUCGCUGUUGUUUGACAAAGGCGCGAGGGCGAGUUUGACCAAUUGCUCCAUUGAACCGCUGGACGAGUUCGACUCGGUGCUGACGUCAACGCCGGAAACUAUCGCGGCUUGGCGGGCAUUGGGGUACGAUGCGAUCAAUCGUGGGGAAGUUGCCGCCAUGAUUUUGGCAGGCGGCCAAGGCACACGGUUGGGCUUUGAUGGCCCCAAAGGCAUGUUUGACAUUGGUUUGUUGUCCAAGAAGAGUCUCUUCCAGCUGUUUGCCGAACGUGUGCUUCGCGUCCAGAAAAAUGCGAAAAAGCACGGCCGCGUCGCGCACGACCCGGUCGUGCCGCUCUUCAUCAUGACGAGCCGCAUGAACCACGACACGACCCAAGCGUUCUUUGAAGAAAACAACUACUUUGGGUUGAAAGGUGCCCAAGUCACGUUCUUUCCACAAGGCACGUUGCCCUGCUUGACCAAGACCGGCAGCAUCAUGCUCGAAAGUCCGCACUCGAUUGCGCGCGCGUCCGACGGAAACGGAGGCGUGUUCACGGCCAUGCUAAAGCACCACGUGCUGCAGAAAAUGAACCUCGCCAACAUUUUGCACUUGCACGUGUUCUCGGUGGACAAUGCGCUCAACAAGGUCGCCGACCCCGUGUUUGUCGGGUAUUGCAUUGAAAAACAGACGGACAUUGGCAACAAAGUCGUGUGGAAGACCAACCCCGACGAAAAGGUCGGCGUCGUGGCCAAGAAAGACAACAAGUUUUGUGUGGUCGAGUACAGCGAACUCGACGCCCAGAAUGCCCAGCUCGUGGACCCCACGACCAACAAAUUGGUCUACGGGGCAGGCAACAUAUGCAACCACUACUUUUCAGUACCGUUCCUCACGCGCACGUUGGCGAGUUUGCAGUUGCCGUACCACAUUGCCAUGAAGAACAUCCCGUCCGUGUCGAUCCAUGACGCCAGCACCACGUCGUUCCCGGGCAUGAAGUUGGAAGCGUUCAUCUUUGACAUUUUUGCGGCCGCGACGCACAUGGCGGUGCUGGAAGUGGCCCGGGAGGACGAGUUUGCCCCCGUGAAGAAUGCAAACGGCAACACCGACAACGGCUACACGGCCGACUCGCCCGACUCGGCGCGAUAUUUGCUCAGUGCCCAGGCCAAGCGGUGGAUCGAAGCCAUGGGCGGAGAUUUGAAAUUGCACUUGGUGACCAAAGGCGAACUGGAAAAACGAGGCAAGCGGUUGAAACGCUGGUCCAAACGGUUGGUCGAAUUCGACGCCGCGACCAACUGCAUCACCACGUACAAGUCGGAAGACACCAAGUCGAAAAAGGCCAAGACGUCGUCUGUGGUCAAGUGCGAGCUCCAAGAACACUACGGUGUGUCCGUGUUAUUGGGCAACGGCAAAGUGCUCCAACUCAAGUGUCCGUCCGAGGACGACCAGAUCCACUGGAACCAAGUGAUUACGGAAGCGUUGCAGCCUAAUGUGGCCAACGAACGCCUCUGCGAAGUGUCGCCGCUGGUGUCGUAUGAAGGGGAAGGCCUCGAGCAUUUGAAUGGCCGUCAGUUCUCGCUGCCGUGCCACGUUUCGGAAGAGUUUGCGCGUCGAUUGAGUAUGCACGUACCGUCGUUUGCGUUCAUUUCCAACUCGAAAAUGAAGAGCAUCGUCGCCGAUGGACCGGACCUCGUGCUGUCGGAAAGCGAGGCGGCCCCCGUCGUGGACAAAUCGCACGACGUGGUCAUUGAAACCAAAUUUGCUGCCGUGACCCCCCUGGAUGUGGCGCUGCGGGCAAACGAGCCAGAAGGCGUUCCUGGCUUCGCGAUCUCGGGGGUUGUGACGUCGGUGGGCAACGACGUGGUCAAGUUCAAAGUCGGCGACCGCGUGUGCGCUUUGAUCGCUAAAAAUGGAUGGAGCGAGUUCGUCAAAGUGCAAGAGAAUGACUGCGUGGCCAAGUUGCCUUUGAGUAUGCCGCUGUCGCUGGCGGCACACGUUCCAGUGACCACUUUACUCGCGCACCACCUCGUGCAACAGGUCCAGUCGGGUGACCGGGUGCUGAUUGUGUCGCAUGGCUACGGUGACAUUGGAUACGUCUUGGCGCAGUUGUGUGCAGCACAAGGGGCGGCGUGGAUUGGCAUUUGGACCAACGAUCCACACAAGUUUGCGUUUCUUGAAAACACCAUUCCCGUUGUCAAGAGUGUGGCGGAAGCACACGAGUUGGCCACGGCCGCGACCGCCCUCGACGUGAAUCUAGCGAUUGACGUGAGCGUGACCCUCCACCAACCGACGGCAGCCGUCAUCAAGACUGUGACGAUUCAAAACUUGAUUGGGGCGGUGCCCAUCUUCACAGCGUCCGACUUGAGCGGCAUGGUCGAUCGAAUUGCCAGUGAGACGCUGAGCUUUCCGUCGUCGUUGGUGGUCGAGAAGCCGCUGGCGUCGGUGGGUGCGACGUUGAAGGAAUUAUUGACCACCAGUGUGUCACUCCGUGUCAACACACCGGUGAUACCUCAAGUCAUCAUCGACCAGUUGACUGAAGCCAAGCAAGACCACGUGUUGAAGUUUUACCAAGCUGGAAAGCUCACGAAUGCCGAGAUCGACCAACUGAUUCAAGACUUGGAACACUUGGAUUUGGACCAUUUGAGCUCGAUCUUUGAAACGAGCAUGCUGUCCGACGGCGCGUCGGUCACGGGCUCGUUGGAGCCGCUGGACUCGACGGACGCGGUUGCCACGACCCCCGCGUCGACCAUUGACGCGUGGCGAAACAUCGGGUCGGAUGCGAUUCGACAAGGCAAAGUGGCGGCGCUGGUGCUUUCUGGUGGCCAAGGCACUCGCUUGGGGUUUGCUGGUCCCAAAGGCAUGUACAACAUUGGGUUGCCGUCGGAGAAAAGUCUGUUUCAAUUGUUCAGCGAACGAAUUCUGCGCCUCGAGUCGCUGUUGGGCGGCGGCGUCGCGGGCAAGAUUCCGUUUUACAUCAUGACCAGCGUCAUGAACCACGACGCGACCGAAGUGUUUUUCAAGCAGCACGGGUUUUUCGGGCUCCAGCCGUCGCAGGUCGUGUUCUUUCCCCAAGGCACGCUGCCCUGCUUUACCAAACAAGGCAAAUUGAUGCUCGAGAGUGCGGGCAAGCUGGCCACGGCGUCGGACGGCAACGGAGGCGUGUACACGGCGCUGGAAAAGAGCGGCGCGUUGGACCGGAUGAAGGCUGAAGGCACCGAGUACUUGCACGUGUUUUCUGUCGACAAUGCCAUGUGCAAAGUGGCCGACCCAGUGUUCAUGGGGUACUGCAUCGAAAAGAAGGCCGACUGCGGCAACAAAGUCGUGUGGAAGUCGCGUCCUGACGAGAGUGUGGGCGUGGUCGCCAAGCGCGGAGGCCAGUAUUGUGUCGUUGAAUACAGCGAAAUGGACAAACCCACUAGCGAACUUCGCGAUCCCAAGACCAACCAACUGGUGUACGGCGCCGCCAACAUUUGCAACCACUUUUAUUCCUUGGAGUUCUUGCAAAAGUGUUGCCGCAGCGACAACAUGACCGUGUACCACGUAGCUCACAAGAAGAUUCCGUACGUGAGUCUAGAAACGGGCAAUGUGGUCACGCCCACGACCAAUUCCGGCAUCAAGUUGGAAGCGUUUAUCUUUGACGUGUUUCAGUACGCCACAGCCAUGCAGGUCUUUGAAGUGACGCGGGACGAAGAGUUUGCACCAGUGAAGAACGCCAAGGGCAGCGCUGUGGAUUCCCCCGACACGGCCUGCGACAUGAUUUCAAACGCUGCCAAGAAAUGGAUCCAAGCGGCGGGGGGGUCGUUCGACCCUAUGACGUCUGGGCUUUGUGAGAUUUUGCCCACCGUGUCGUACGGAGGCGAAGGGCUGGAGCAUGUGGUCGCUGCCAACAUGAAGUUGCCUCUCUUGAUAGACUCGAGUCGGCCAAAGGGACGCCGGACAUCGUCGGCGUCCAACACCCGCCGACAGGCACCUGACCAACCCCCUCUUCGCCAGCCCGCCUUAUCGGAACCACUUGCGAUUUCUGCGAGCGACCAGAAGCCCAAAAAGGCCAAGAAGAACUGCACGAUUCAAUAAAGUACCGUUAAACCCAAGCUAAUCAAUCCAUUUAUAUCUCUCUACCGGAAA